AUGCCGCCCGCGGUGACGCUGUACACGCACACCCUGUGUCCGUACGCACAUCGAGCGUCAUUGGCGCUUGUCGAGAAGGGUUUAUCGCCGAAAGAGUUCGAGCGACACGUCGACUUGAGCGCCAAGCCCGCGUGGUUCUUGCGCGCCUGCCCGCGCGGCCUCGUCCCGGCGAUGUCCCUCGACGACGGCGACGUCAUUACGGAGUCCUUGCGAAUUAUCACCGUCGUCGACGACGUGUUCGAUCGCGGGUCGCUCACGUCGAGGGUCGGACCGCGCGAGGAGAUUUUGGAUUUCGUCAAGGACGCCGACGCGUACGGCGGAUUCAUCAGCUCUGGUCUCUCUUUCAUAGGUGGUGGGUGGAGCAUCCGUGGUGUUCAACCGCGAUCGAGCGUGAUCGACGGGUUGGAGCGGAAUGUGGCACGCUUGGACUCGCUCUGCGCGAGCAGCGGAGGGGACUUUCUGUUCGGCUCGUCGCCAUCAAUUGCUGACAUCGCAAUAUACCCGUUUGCCGAGCGGUUUCAGCUCGCGAUGCGCGAGUUUCAGGGGUACGAACUCGGAGAAUCGCAGGGAGCACAGGCGUUCGUCGUCUGGCUCGCCGCGAUGGCCGCCAGAGACUCCGCAAAGGCACUCAGACCGAACGACAAAGAGUUGCUCGAGUCAUGGCGACGAACAGGGAGGCUGGAUUACUUUGACUACGAAACGGCGGACCGUGAGAGUCCUUGA